AUGUUCCGAAAGCCAUCCCUGAUCCUGGCAAUCUGCCUCUUCUUGGGCGCCUCCCAGGCCUUCAAAAUUCACGCUCCGCUCAGACCCAACGCCCACAUCCAGGAACUGCAGGCCGAGAACAGAGAGCUAGCUGUCACCCACGCAGACUCCUCAAGGACCUGCUUUGACUUCUACUCACCCAAACUGAAUGCAAUUGUAGUGCAGUACGAGACUGAAUUCGAAUACUGCACCUCGAACUUCACCAUGGCAAAGGAAGUUAUUGAUAACUCCUAUGCGGGAUCCUACAAGGAAAUCAGUGACCAGGCCACCAAUUCCUGCAGUGCCUGCUGUCAGGCUUGGACCAAGGAGCAAACAACCCUCGAGGAAUUGCUGAAUCGUUUGGAAUGUGCCAGUUCCGUGUCCGCCGAGAACUCCAAGAUAUUCUAUAGUAUUUCGGCAAAUGCCACCGAAAUCGCAACAAAACUGGAGGAGGCCUAUCUUACAAUAAGCACUCAAAAGGAUAGUUGCUUAAAUAAGGCAGACGUCAACUAUGUGACGGAUACCGCUGACACAUACGAGGCAUUAAACGCUUGUCUCAAGGGAGAAAAGAAUAUCUUAAUCAGUUCUACUUAUGAUUAUACUACUACUACCACUUGUCAACCCACAACUACAUUUGUGGUGUAA